AUGGCACCUUUUCUGGAUGCAUCUACUGAUGCCUCUGAGGUGAAUGGACAGGCAUCAUGGUCCAGUGACUUCCCUGGAGCCGCGGAGCCCAUUGCCAUCUGCGGCAUGGCCUUGAGGCUGCCGGGUGGUAUUGCGACUCCAGAACAAUUCUGGGACUUCCUAGUUGACAAGAGAGAUGCCCGCGGUCCAAUCCCAGAGACAAGAUUCAACGCUUCUAGUUACUACUCAGACUCAGGAAAGCCAGGUCACAUGAAAACAAAACAUGGUUACUUCCUCGAUGAUUCCGUUGACCUUGCCGGGCUCGACACUACAUUCUUCCGGAUGCCGAAAACUGAGGUCGAGAGGGCGGAUCCGCAACAACGACUGCUUCUCGAACUCACACGAGAGUGUUUGGAAAGUGCUGGAGAGACAGAUUACCGUGGAAAAACCAUUGGCACAUUUGUCGGAACCUUUGGUGAAGAUUGGUGCGAGAUCUUGGCCAAGGAUGUUGAAGUUGUUGGCCAGUACAAGCUCACAGGUUACGGAGAUUUCAUGCUCUCCAACCGUCUGUCAUACGAAUAUGACCUGAAGGGCCCCAGUCUGACCAUCAAGACGGGCUGCUCUUCAGCGCUUAUUGGCCUUCAUGAGGCAUGCAUGUCCAUCAGGCAUGGCCAGUGCAACUCAGCCAUUGUUGCUGGUUCCAACCUCAUCAUGGCACCUGACGUGUUUGUCAGCAUGUCGGAACAAGGUGUUCUGUCUCCAAACGGAUCCUGCAGAACCUUUGACGCUGCUGCCGAUGGCUACGCUCGUGGCGAAGCUGUCAACGUUGUCUAUGUGAAAAAGCUUAGCGAUGCCAUUCGCGACGGCAAUCCGAUCCGGGCUAUCAUUCGCGGAACGUCGAGCAACGCGGACGGCAAAACACCAAGUCUUACAAUCCCGAGCUUCGAAAGUCACGAAGCUAUGAUUCGUCGCGCCUAUGAUAUAGCCGCCAUUACCUCUUCGGAAAUUGCCGAAACUGGCUUCGUGGAGUGCCAUGGUACUGGUACGGCCGCUGGAGAUCCCAUCGAAACGACUGCCAUCGCAAAGGUCUUUGGAAAGUCCGGUGUUUACAUCGGUUCUUGCAAGCCUAACAUUGGACAUUCAGAAGGUGCAUCUGGUAUCACCUCUCUAAUCAAAUCGGUGUUGGCGCUUGAACACCGGACCAUCCCACCAAACAUUAAGUUUGACGUUCCCAACCCGAAGAUUCCAUUUGAGGAGACAAAUCUCAAGGUUCCCGUCGUGCCCACACCCUGGCCUGAAAACCGCACCGAGAGAGUCUCUGUCAAUUCCUUUGGCAUUGGAGGCGCUAACGCUCACGUGGUGAUUGAGUCUGCUGCUAGCUUCCUCGGUCUUUCUUACAGCCCUGAUGUGAAGAAGCUGCCAGCUUCGUCAGAACACUCAUCACAUCUGGUAGUUUACUCUGCCAAUACCGCAGAUUCUCUCAGACGCCAAGUCGUGAAUAACCAGAAAUAUAUCUACGAAAACACUCGUUCACUUGACGAUGUUGCAUAUACUCUGUCAUGCAGGCGUAUUCAUCUCCCGCAUCGAGCAUUUUCUGUUUUCGACAACGGAAACGAGCUCUACACAUCGUCCUUCACAAAGGCACCUCCCUCACCAUCAGACCUUGUUCUGGUGUUUACGGGACAAGGAGCGCAAUGGCCUCAGAUGGGUGCAGAACUGCUCCAAAGUAACACAAGGUUCGCUCAGUCAAUCAGGCAAAUGGAUAAAGCUUUGAGCAUAGAUGGGCCAGCGUGGUCUCUGACAGAAGAGCUUCUCAAGCCCGCAGAAUCAAGCAACCUACACAAGGCAUAUCUUUCCCAGCCGAUAUGCACCGCAGUGCAGGUUGCAUUGGUAGAUGCCCUCAAAGAAGCAACAGGGCUACAGCCCUUUGCAGUGGUUGGUCAUUCCUCGGGAGAGAUAGCAGCUGCUUACGCUUCUGGGAGACUCACUGCUAACGAAGCCAUAUUUGCGGCAUACUACCGCGGCGUUGCUUCCGAUGAAGUGACCAAGAUAGGAGCGAUGGCUGCUGUUGGCAUGGGUCGUUCAAAAACCUCGCCGUUCCUAGUUCCUGGAGUUGUUAUUGCUUGCGAGAACUCGCCUUCAAGUGUGACAAUCUCAGGAGAUGCAGACCGUGUGGAAGGGGUUCUCUCAGAAAUUCGGAAGCAGUAUCCAGAUACUCUUGCCCGCCUGUUGAAGGUAGAAAAGGCUUAUCACUCUCAUCACAUGCAAGAGGUAGGCGAUCGAUAUCUUCGUUUAGCGUCCCAGUACAUCGACAGUACUCGGGAACUUGAAACAUCCGAGUCGCUGUUCUUCUCAUCGGUGACUGGAAAGAAACUCCCUCAAGAGGUACCGACGGAUGCAAAGUACUGGCGAUCCAAUCUCGAAUCUCCGGUACUGUUCAACGCAGCUAUUACCAGCUUAAUCACGCAUCAUAAAGCCGAAAGCAGGAGCAAAAUGAUGUUCCUUGAAGUCGGGCCUCACUCGGCUAUGGCAGGUCCACUCAGACAAAUCCUUGCAAAGGAAUCUCUCGAGCUCUCAUAUGCAUCAUGCUUGAUACGGUCAAAGAACUCCACAGAAACAUUUUUAACUGCCCUAGGUCAACUAUGGCAACAAGGAGUCAAAGUCGACUUUAGCGGCCUCACGAACCCGAAUGGUACUGCACGGGUUGCAACAGACCUCCCUACAUAUCCAUGGCAGCACGAUCACUCUCUCCUAUUCUCAAGUCGUAUCACGGACGAAUGGAAAUUCCGCAAGUUCCCCAAACACGAGGUCUUGGGUAACAGAGUGCCCGAAAGCAGCGAAACCGAGCCUGUGUUCCGCAAUGUCCUGGCUCUGGACCACGUUCCCUGGAUCCGUGAUCAUAACAUCAAAGGCGAUGUCAUCUUCCCAUGCGCCGGGUAUGUUGGUAUGGCUGGUGAAGCUGCAAGACAACUUCACAAAGGGACAUUUGCCGGGUUUUCCUUGCGCAAUGUAGUCAUUGAUAUGGCAAUGGUCUUGAGCGAAAACAAAUCCACUGAGAUAAUCACCAGUCUCCGACCAGAAAGACUUACAGACAGUCUCGACAGUUCCUGGUGGGAGUUCACGAUUACUUCUUACCAAGGAUCAAACUGGUUGAAGCAUUGCAGCGGCCAAGUACGAGCUUUGGAUGGUACUAGCAGGAAGCAAAUUGGAGCUUUCCCAAGCCUAUCUCGGACAAUCGCACCAGGGAAAUGGUACCAAGCCUUCCGAACAGUCGGUGCCAACUACGGGCCAUACUUCCAGGGGCUGCAAGGUGUCUCUUGUUCUCCGACCGAACAUAGAGCCCGUGGUAGAGCGACGCACACAACUUCGAAUGGAUCCUACUACUCAGUGCACCCAACGAAGGUCGAUUUCUUCCUACAGCUCUUCAGCGUUUCUGCGGUCAAAGGCCUGGGGCAUAAACUCGAUAAGAUGAAUGUGCCUACUUACAUACAAUCCCUGGAGAUCUUUGACUGUGACUCUGAGAUCGAGAUGGAAGUUCGAGCAACACAGACACCCCGUGGGGUUAUAAGUGGUGGCGGUGAGGGAGUUGACACCGAUGGCACAAUUGCGCUCUCUAUCAAAGGUGUGAAACUAAGCCCCCUUGAAAACGACGCGUCCGAAGAAGAUCUCGACCCUCACGCCGGCGCAAGAGUUUUCUGGCAGCCCGAUGUCGACUUCUUGAAGAUACAAGAUCUUAUCAAAGCUCAUCCGAGUCAAGACGAACUCUCUUACAUUCAAGAACUCACCCAAAACUACAUCCAGGAAGCGUUAAGCCGCUUGGAAGGGGUAGAUACCGCAAUCCCACAUCUGGUCAGGUUUCAUAAGUGGAUGAAAGAGCAGCCUAUUCCGCGGAGACGCCUAGACACCGCGUCGUCUUUUGCCGCUGCUUUGACAACUGAACCUUUCGGCUCUUUUGUUGUGGCGAUGAAACAGGUGGCUGACAGCAUUGUCCCCAUUUUCCAGGGAGAAACUGAACCGCUGGAGGUCCUCAUGCCCAACAAUGUUCUCACGCACGUUUACAAUUCUUCGAAUGUUACUGACAGGAAGCCACUCUUCCAAGCUUUGGGUCACUCUAGGCCUAAUCUUAGGGUGCUGGAAAUUGGUGCGGGCACCGGAGGAACCACGAACAAGGUUUUGCAGUGGUUGCGUGGACUAACGGGUGCUCUGCUCUACUCUGAGUACACCUAUACCGACAUCUCAGCGGGCUUUUUUUCUGCCGCUCAGGAGCGCUUCAAGGACUAUCCAAACAUGUCUUUCAAGGCUUUGGAUAUAUCCAAGGAUCCACUGGAACAAGGCUUUGAACCGGCGUCUUAUGACCUUAUUCUUGCGGCCAAUGUUCUUCACGCAACUCCAAGCCUCCACGAAACACUUUCCAAUGUUCGAAAGAUUCUCCAUUCUGAAGGCAGGUUGUAUAUGGAAGAACUAUCCUAUGACACCCUCCCUAUGAACUUCAUCAUGGGUGUACUUCCAGGCUGGUGGUUGGGUGCACAAGAUGGGAGGCCCGACCAGCCUCACGUUGCUCCCGAGCGAUGGGAUAUGGAACUCAAAAAGGCUGGGUUCAACGGGCUAGAAGAUGUUGGCUAUGAUUCAGAACGUCCGAACAAUCUCCUUGCCUUCAUGACGUCGAGACCAGCCCAGCUUCCCGCAGCAACCAAACCGGUGGCCGUUUUAUACAACACGAAGUCGUCGAAGAUUGCGAAUGACAUGGAGAGCACGCUUAUCGAGAAGGGAUUUCAGGUUAUCCUUCAUGAUAUCUCUACUGGCUUACCUCCCGCAUCAGCCGACAUCCUUGCUAUACUCGACGUCGAUGUUCCCUACUUUGAGAACAUAAACCCUAAGGAUUUCAACGAUUUCAAGGCCUUGGUCACGGAGGCGUCGAACUCUGAUACUGGAAUUUUCUGGUUGACUAGGCCCUCACAAAUGAGAUGCGCAGAUCCCAGGUGGGCUCAAACCAUUGGUACCAUCCGGUCGAUAAGAAGCGAGCUCAGUCUGGACUUUGUGACUUGCGAGGUUGACGACAAGACCUCUCUCUCAAUCGUGGUGCAAGCAUUCCAAAAGUUCCAGCGGCAAAGACAGGAACGCGAACGACGACCUGAAUAUGAAUAUAGUAUUCAGAGCAAUAUCGUGCAUAUUCCAAGAGUAUACCCCGUCAGCAUUAAUGAUGAACUGCGCGAGAAAGGUCAGCAAAAGGUUAACGCAGGCGAGGCGACGAAUGGCGGGGAAAACCACCCCAGCGUCCGCUCCGGCACAGAUUCCAAGAAGAGAAACCUGGAGAACACAGAUGCCAGCAACAAUAAGGGCAUAAAUACUUUCUAUGACCUACAAAUUGAGAAGCUGGGCCGUCUGAAUACACUUGUUUGGACCCCAAGACGAGCGAGACGACUUGUCAAUGAUGAAGUCGUUGUUGAAGCCAAGGCCGGUGGUAUGAACUUCAGGGACGUUCUUAUUGCCAUGGGCAUUGUCGACCCCAUUUCCUCCAAAAUUGGCCUUGAAGCAGCUGGUAUCGUCCGGGAAGUCGGGCCCGAAGCCAAUGAGCUGGUUCCAGGCGAUAGAGUUUUCAUUCUCGGCGGCGGCGGUUUCUCCAAUGGUAUUACCGUCUCAGAGAAACUAUGUGUCAAGAUUCCAGACACUCUUAACUUCGAGGAAGCGGCUACAAUGCCUUGUGUGUUUUCGACCGUCAUUUACGGCCUCCUUGACGUCGGCAGGCUGGAAGCUGGAGAAUCAGUACUGAUUCAUUCGGCUUGUGGUGGUGUUGGCAUCGCCGCAAUCCAAAUUUGCAAAAUGAUUGGUGCAGAGAUCUUCUGCACAGUGGGCAAUGAAGAGAAGAUACAAUACCUCCAAUCCAACUUUGGCAUCCCCAGAGACCACAUUUUCAACUCGCGAGAUGCAUCAUUUCUUCCAGAUGUUCUCAAGGAAACCAAUGGAAGAGGUGUUGAUAUUGUUCUCAACUCUUUGAGCGGAGAGCUACUUCACGCGUCCUGGAGCUGCGUCGCUGAGUUCGGCAGGAUGAUCGAGAUUGGAAAGAGAGAUUUCAUCGGCAACGGCAAGCUCGCAAUUAAACCCUUCGAAUUGAACCGAACCUAUCACGGGGUAGAUCUUGGACACUUGAUGGAUGCCAAACCGGCAAUGGCCAACAAAUUGUUGAAGAAAGUGGUUGAGCUUUACCAGGAGGGCCACAUUCGCCCUUUGAGCCCCAUCAAAACCUUUACUGCGGACGCGGUAGAAGAAUGCUUCCGAUACAUGCAAAAGGGACAACAUAUCGGAAAGAUUGUAUUGAACAUGGAGGGGCUCACAGAUGUGACGAAUAAGACGGCGCCUACGUUCAAACCAAAGUUUGAAAGUGACGCGAGCUUCUUACUUGUCGGUGGUCUUGGCGGCCUUGGACGAAUUGUGUCCAACUGGAUGGUUGAACACGGCGCAAAACACAUCGUCUACCUUUCUCGCAAUGGCGGUAACUCCCCUGGAAAUCAAAGCUUUUUUCAAGAGCUCGAAGACCAGGGCUGUUCUGCUACUGCCAUUCAAGGAAGUGUGACAAAUCUCGCUGAUGUUGAACUGGCCUUGAAAAGGGCACCGAGACCUGUUCGUGGCAUUAUUAAUAUGUCAAUGGUUCUACAAGACCAGGGCUUCACCAAAAUGACGCACGAAGAAUGGGUUGCUGCGGUGAACCCCAAGGUACUAGGCACUUGGAACCUGCAGAAAGCUUGUACCAGCGCUCGAAUCGACCUUGACUUCUUCCUCCUCUUCAGUUCUAUCUCCGGAAUCGUUGGGCAGAAGGGACAAGCCAAUUAUGCUGGAGCCAACACUUUCCUGGACGCAUUCGCUCAGUAUCGCCACAGCCUUGGGCUGAAUGCUGCUUCCCUUGACGUUGGCAUGAUGCUGGACUAUGGAUACCUCGCCGAGAAUCCUGCACUGCUAGAAAGUCUGUCUGCGCAGGGACUAUACGGAAUGAAGAUCUCUCAGUUGUUCGACGGUAUUUCCACCAUGAUUGGUGAUUCGACCGUCAGCGGCGGUUACGCGUCAAACAAGACCUUUGUCAACCUGUCUCAACUCAUUCUUGGCCACCGAAGCUUAACAUCUCUUUCAGAUCCGUUGAAUAGAGUCAUUUGGAAAGACGAUCGUCGCAUGGCAUUCUACCACAACUCCGACAAGACAAAGAGCACAGCUACAGGUGCAUCCUCCAGCUCUGGCGCGUUGGAAGGAUUUCUCAGCUCUGCGGUCGCGGACCCAACUGUGUUAUCAUCCUCAGAUGCUCCCGCUCUUCUAGCAAAGCAGAUUGCGGUCCAACUAUUCAGGCUACUUCUGAAACCCUCAGAGAAUGAAGAGGAAAUCGAUGUUAACAUGUCGCUGCAAGACGCCGGAUUGGACAGUUUGGUUGCGGUGGAAAUGCGAAGCUGGUGGAAGGGGGUUUUUGGCUUCGACAUUAGCGUUCUCGAGAUGCUCGGAAUGGGAAGUCUGUUGGCUCUUGGUGCGAGGGCCAUAGAGGGAUUGAAAGACCGCAUGUGUGAGCCGAGCGGUGACAAUGGCGACGAUGGGGAGAAACACGACACAGAGGGUUAUCUGAAGCUCAAAAUGCCUUAA